AUGACUUUCAUCACCAUUUUCAUCUGGACACUUUUGUGUUGUAUGAAAGGAUCCAGAGGUCAGGUCACAGUGACUCAGACUCCUGCAGUGAAAGCAGUUCUUCCAGGAGAUACUGUUAUAAUCAGCUGUAAAACCAGCACUACACCAGCCUGUAGCCCACACUGUUUGCACUGGUACCAACACAAACCUGGACAGGCUCCUAAACUCCUGAUUAAGUUUGUAAGCACCCGUCUGUCUGGAGUUCCAGCUCGUUUCAGUGGCAGUGGAUCUGGGACUGACUUCACUCUGACCAUCAGUAACAUCCAGACUGAAGAUGCAGUAGAUUAUUACUGUCAGAGUUUCCACUUGAUCAGUAGCAAAGCUGUGUUCACACCGUUUGAGAUCAGUUUUUCUGCGUCAAGCAUGACUUUCAUCACCAUCCUAAUCUGUGCAAUUUUCUGUUGUAUGAAAGGGUCCAGAGGUCAGGUCACAGUGACUCAGACUCCUGCAGGGAAAGCAGUUCUUCCAGGAGACACUGUUGUAAUCAGCUGUAGACUCAGCACUCCACCCACAGGCUGUAGUCCACACUGUUUAGCCUGGUACCAACAGAAACCUGGAGUGGCUCCUAAACUCCUGAUUUAUUAUACAAGCACCCGUCAGUCUGGAGUUCCAGAUCGUUUCAGUGGCAGUGGAUCUGGGACUGAUUUUACUCUGACCAUCAGUAACAUCCAGACUGAAGAUGCAGGAGAUUAUUACUGUCAGAGUUUCCACUACAUCAAUAGCAAAUAUGUGUUCACACAGUGA